AUGAAUGUAACUUCUCCAAAAGAUGGGAACCACAGAUUCUCUAGGAAGAAUAGAUUCAAUACAAAUAAACCCCGAUUCCACAAAUUAAAUGAGCAGGUGCAGGGUAUAAAUAUACCGGAAGACCGCGAUUCAAUUGUUUCAAGUAAUACAACGUCAAUUAUGACAGAUGAUGCAUUCGAUUAUAAUAGAGGCAUUCCAUCGCAUACAAAAGACAUUAAUUCUGACAAUGACGGAAACAAUGAUACCAUAAAACAAGAAAACUCCAGUAAAAGGGACACCGGAUAUAAUCCUUUCUACAAUGGAUCAGGGAUCAAUCAGCGGUAUACGCAAUUUAGAAAAAGAGAGUUUGAACCGACGCUUGCAGAAAACGAAACCGUGGGGGGUAUAUCGGACGAAGACAUGGUAAAAAUUGAUGAAGAUAAUAUAGAGAACGAACUCCAGUUCACACCGAGGAUUAAAGAGCCUAGUAUACUCCGGUCUAGUCUACUAGGACAAAGUAAAGCCCUUCAUGCUUGGAAUCCAAUAUCGAAAGAACCACAAAUUAAAACAAAACCUAUCGUCAAUAACAAGAGCUCCUCAAAAAGGAAAUCUAGUGCGGUACUUCGAAAACAAUUAGGAAAACCGCUGCCGCUGCCGUACUUGAACAAUCCUAAUAGUAAUAUCACGACCACAUUACAGAAAAAAGAAGAAGUGUUUACGGAUGAAGUGGUUCAAAAGAAGAGAGAAUUGAUCGAGUCCAAAUGGCACAGACUUCUCUUACACGACAAGAAAAUGGUAGAAAAAAAGCUGGAAAGUUUGAGAGAAUAUGAAAGAAAAAAAAUGUCUUCACAGGGUACCGAUGUUUCUAGCUUUCAGCAAGACAAUUCCUUCAAAAUAUCGACGCCAACAAAAUCGUAUGUUUCCUUAGGGCAAGAAUCCUCGCCAAAUCUCCCUGCCGUAAAGACCCCUAAUGAUAUUUUCGACAAUAGGGAGAAAGGAGAAACAAAUAAUAAUGUACUAAAGUUUCAAGGACAGCGGGAUCCAUUACAAAAACUACAGUUUGAGAUCGAAAGGCACACUAAGAAGCUUGAUACGAUAAUAGAGUUACUUAAAGAUGCUACCGAUACCAAAGAAGGGAGUAGAGUGAUAGCUAAUGAUAACAUAGCUCUCGAACAAAGAAGCAACGAGGGGUGGCGGAAAAACAUGAUGGUGAUUUAUAAAAGAUCAGGAAAUAUUAUGGGAAAGUAUAAGGAAUAUUUCUUAUGGACAAUCUGUAUUUUAAUAUUGUUAUAUUGCAAUAUAUAUGUGUAUUAUAGGCUCUAA